UACAGAGCUGAAGGUGAUGCAGCAGUAUGCAGUGAAUGUGACUCUGGAUCCUGAUACAGCUCAUCCAUAUCUCAUUCUGUCUGAUCAUGGAAAACAAGUGAGACAUGGAGACAUUAGACAGAAACUCCCAGACAAACCAGAGAGAUUUGAUACAUGUACCUGUGUCUUGGGAAAGGAGGGAUUCUCCUCAGGGAGAUUUUAUUUUGAGGUGCAGGUGAAGGGAAAGACUGAUUGGGCUUUAGGAGUGGCCAGAGAAUCCAUUAACAGAAAGGGAGCGAUCACACUGAGACCCAGUGAUGGAUACUGGACUGUGUGGCUGAGGAAUGGAGAUGAAUAUGUAGCCUGUGAGGAUCCUCCUGUCUCUCUGUCUCUGAGAGUGAAGCCGCAGCGGGUCGGUGUGUUUGUGGAUUAUGAGGAGGGUCUGGUCUGCUUUUAUGAUGUGGAGUCCAGCUCUCAUAUCUACUCUUUCACUGCUCAGUCUUUCACUGAAAAACUCUAUCCAUAUUUUAGCCCAUUCUUAAACUAUAGAGGUAAAAACUCAAACCCACUGAUCAUCACACCUGUUAAUGAUAAUAAAUGA